UAGCCCCGCCGCGGCCCACCCCCGGAAGUGGAUUGCGCUUUGUGGGUCGGGGGCCGGGGGCUAUGGGGGACCCGGCAGGCGCUGACGAGCUCGCGAAGCUCGAGUACCUGUCACUGGUGUCCAAGGUUUGCACCGAGCUGGACAAUCACCUGGGCAUCAACGACAAGGACCUGGCUGAGUUUGUGAUAAAUCUCGCUGAGAAAAACACCACAUUUGACACAUUCAAGGCUGCCCUUUCAAAGAAUGGCGCCGAGUUCACAGAUUCCCUCGUUAGUAAUUUGUUACGUCUCAUACAGACAAUGCGGCCUCCAGCAAAGCCAUCUACAGGCAAAGAGGUAGUUGUCAAACCCAAAACAGAAAAGGAAAAGCUGAAGGACCUGUUCCCAGCCCUUUGCAGGCCAGACAAUCCCACCAUCAGGACUAUGCUGGAUGAAGAUGAUGUGAAAGUGGCCGUUGAUGCUCUUAAAGAACUUGAAGCUUUAAUGCCUAGUGCAGGUGGGCAGGAAAAACAAAGGAAUACUGACCACCGAUUGUUAAUGUUUUCCAGGGCAAAAAAAAAGAGGAGGAGUCGCAGUCACAGCAGAGACAGGGACAGGAAACGGAGACACCGAUCCCGUUCCAGGUCACGUUCUAGGACUCGGGAUAAGAACAAGGGGAAAUCCAGAUACCGCUCAAGGAGCAGGAGUCUGAGUCCCAGCAGGGACCGUAAGGAUCGAGAGAAAUACGCAGAGAAGAGUAAUGACAGAUGGAGGGACAAGCAUGUGGAUCGGCCCCCACCUGAAGAGCCUUCGAUUGGAGAAAUUUACAACGGCAAAGUCACAAGUAUAAUGCAGUUUGGGUGCUUUGUGCAGCUGGAAGGACUAAGGAAACGCUGGGAAGGCUUGGUUCAUAUUUCUGAACUUCGCAGAGAGGGACGUGUUGCUAAUGUUGCUGAUGUUGUGAGCAAAGGUCAAAGAGUAAAGGUCAAAGUGCUAUCCUUUACUGGGUCCAAAACCAGCCUGAGCAUGAAGGAUGUUGAUCAAGAGACUGGGGAAGACUUGAACCCAAACCGACGCAGAAACCUGGUUGGAGAGACCAAUGAAGAGACCUCUAUGAGGAACCCAGACAGACCCAGUCACCUCUCCCUGGUGAAUGCCCCUGAAGUGGAGGAUGAUAGCCUUGAACGGAAGCGUCUCACCCGGAUUUCAGACCCAGAGAAAUGGGAAAUCAAACAGAUGAUUGCUGCUAACGUGCUCUCCAAAGAAGAGUUUCCUGACUUUGAUGAAGAGACUGGAAUCCUCCCCAAAGUUGAUGACGAAGAAGAUGAGGACCUUGAGAUUGAGCUGGUUGAAGAAGAGCCACCGUUCCUGCGAGGGCAUACGAAGCAAAGCAUGGAUAUGAGUCCCAUUAAAAUAGUGAAGAAUCCUGAUGGCUCCUUGUCCCAGGCUGCAAUGAUGCAAAGUGCUUUAGCCAAAGAAAGGCGAGAACUCAAACAAGCUCAAAGGGAAGCAGAGAUGGACUCUAUCCCCAUGGGACUUAAUACACACUGGGUGGAUCCUCUUCCUGACGUGGAUGGGAGACAAAUAGCUGCCAACAUGCGGGGUAUUGGGAUGAUGCCCAAUGAUAUCCCAGAGUGGAAGAAACAUGCAUUCGGUGGCAACAAAGCUUCCUAUGGUAAAAAAACCCAACUUUCCAUCAUUGAGCAGAGGGAGAGUCUCCCAAUCUUCAGACUAAAGGAGCAGCUGAUUCAGGCAGUUCAUGACAAUCAGAUCCUGAUUGUUAUCGGCGAGACAGGCUCUGGGAAAACGACCCAGAUCACCCAGUACCUGGCUGAGGCAGGUUACACAUCGAGAGGAAAGAUUGGAUGCACCCAGCCUCGCAGAGUGGCUGCAAUGUCUGUUGCCAAGAGAGUGUCUGAGGAGUUUGGUUGCUGUUUGGGACAGGAGGUUGGGUACACGAUUCGAUUUGAAGACUGCACCAGCCCUGAGACCGUCAUCAAGUACAUGACGGAUGGUAUGUUACUGCGGGAGUGCCUGAUUGACCCGGACCUGACCCAGUACGCCAUCAUCAUGCUGGAUGAGGCCCACGAGAGGACCAUUCACACUGAUGUGCUCUUUGGGCUUCUGAAAAAGACAGUGCAGAAACGUCAGGAUAUGAAGCUCAUUGUAACUUCGGCGACAUUAGAUGCUGUGAAAUUCUCCCAGUAUUUCUAUGAAGCUCCAAUCUUCACGAUUCCCGGCAGAACAUACCCUGUGGAAAUUCUGUACACGAAAGAACCAGAGACCGAUUAUCUGGAUGCCAGUCUGAUCACAGUGAUGCAGAUCCAUUUGACGGAGCCACCAGGUGACAUCCUAGUGUUCCUGACGGGUCAGGAAGAGAUUGAUACAGCUUGUGAGAUCCUCUAUGAGAGAAUGAAAUCUCUAGGACCUGACGUGCCAGAGUUAAUUAUCCUCCCCGUGUAUUCAGCUUUACCUAGCGAGAUGCAAACCAGGAUCUUUGACCCAGCCCCACCAGGCAGCAGGAAGGUUGUCAUUGCUACCAACAUUGCUGAGACCUCCCUGACUAUUGAUGGAAUCUAUUAUGUGGUGGAUCCUGGGUUUGUGAAGCAGAAAGUGUAUAACUCCAAGACUGGAAUUGAUCAGCUGGUGGUUACACCAAUUUCCCAGGCGCAGGCAAAGCAGCGAGCAGGAAGAGCUGGAAGAACAGGGCCAGGAAAGUGUUACAGACUCUACACGGAGCGUGCUUACCGAGAUGAAAUGCUAACCACCAACGUGCCUGAAAUCCAGAGAACAAACUUGGCCAGCACAGUGCUCUCCCUUAAGGCUAUGGGGAUCAAUGACUUGCUCUCCUUUGAUUUUAUGGAUGCUCCCCCGAUGGAAACGCUAAUCACCGCCAUGGAACAGCUCUACACCUUGGGAGCCCUGGAUGAUGAGGGGCUGCUCACUCGACUUGGGCGCAGAAUGGCAGAGUUCCCCUUGGAGCCCAUGUUAUGUAAGAUGUUGAUCAUGUCUGUACAUUUGGGAUGCAGUGAAGAAAUGUUAACUAUAGUCUCUAUGCUGUCUGUACAGAAUGUGUUCUACAGACCAAAGGAUAAACAAGCACUUGCUGACCAGAAGAAAGCCAAGUUCCACCAGACAGAAGGGGACCACCUCACCCUGCUGGCUGUCUACAAUUCCUGGAAGAAUAAUAAGUUCUCGAAUCCCUGGUGCUAUGAGAAUUUUAUCCAGGCCCGGUCCUUGCGCAGGGCACAGGACAUCCGUAAACAAAUGCUGGGCAUUAUGGACAGACACAAGCUGGAUGUGGUGUCAUGCGGGAAGGCGACGGUGCGAGUCCAGAAGGCCAUCUGCAGCGGUUUCUUCCGAAAUGCAGCAAAGAAGGACCCCCAGGAGGGCUACCGGACUCUCAUUGACCAGCAGGUGGUCUAUAUUCACCCAUCCAGUGCCCUCUUCAACAGGCAGCCAGAAUGGGUGGUGUAUCACGAGCUGGUGCUGACCACCAAGGAGUAUAUGCGCGAAGUGACCACCAUUGACCCGCGCUGGCUGGUGGAAUUUGCACCAGCCUUCUUCAAAGUCUCUGAUCCAACCAAACUGAGCAAACAGAAGAAGCAGCAGCGGCUUGAGCCCCUGUACAAUCGCUAUGAGGAGCCCAAUGCCUGGAGGAUCUCUCGUGCAUUCAGGAGGCGAUGAGCCUGGCUCUGGCAUGGGUUGCUUUUGGCGAAGUGUUCCUGGCGGCUGAGAUUCUGCACUGUUUUAAAAUCCCCUUUUCGGGACACAUGCAGUUGAACCCAAAUCCAUUUGCAGCUGAAAUCCAGACUAAUUCAGGCUUUAGUUUAUUUCCUAUUCACUUUGUAAAUAUCUUCAUUAGGGGCCAAAAGAACUGGACAAUAUCACUGAUUCAUGUCCUCUGCCCUUCAACUGCUACAGUUAGCAGGUCACUUCUCAUGUCCAGGCUCACUCAGGUGUGUUGUAUCACUUCCUCCUACUUCCAACCGUUUGAAAAUCUGAAGGCUUAGAAAUCUGGGCACUAAUCAACAAAACCAACAAAUGAGGCAAGGAUCUAAAAACCAGUUGUUUGUCAACUUGAUAGUCUCCCAUCUGACUGGAUCUUCAGAUACUAGAAUGGCCUGAGUUUCUAGCCACUCUGAAGGGGGAUUGAUUUCGGCUGACACUUCUGUCUCUGCUCUUGGACAAUGACCAGUUUUCUUUGGCAGACUUCACCACUUGUGCUCAACCUCCUUUAACUUUUCCAUUUUCUUACUUGCUGUAACUAUUUGUCUCUUACUUGAAAUCAAAAACUCCUGUAGCCAGCUGUGGAGAGAGAUUUAGUAUCUGUGAUUUGGAAUAAGGUGGAAGAGAUCCCCUGAAACCCAACCCGAGUGUCUGUUACACUUGGACAAUGGCACAGGUCAGACUGGUGGUCUUAUCUUUCAUCAGCAUCUCCUGUGCACUGAAAACUAGAAUAUCACAUGUUAAUUAACCACAUCCAAUCUGCAGCGCAGCUCAGUCUGUUAACUUAAAUGGUUACAGAUGUCCCAGAGAGAGAUUUUCUACACAAUGUGUCAUGUGUUUUGUUUCCUCUGACAACAUUAGGUGACAUCACAACUGCUCUAUUUUAUACAAUAUUUUCUUAGGGCUAAAAGUGGAUUUCAGCAAAGACCUGCGUAGAACAGUUUUAUGAAAAUGUAAUUCCAGAAUGACUUGCCAGUGUGUGUGUUGUCAUGUUGAAGCUGUACAUAAACUUGCUUUAUUUUCUUUCUGUUAUGGUAAUGCCCGUGCUCAGACCUGCCUUUUCAAAGCUGGAAAUAGCUACCUGGCUCCAGAGCUAGAGAGACCCAAACUUUGUAACUUUUCGCAAGCUGGUGUAUUUACGAAGUGACUGUUGAAAAGUGCACAGAAGAGCUGACUGGUUUGAUUUGCACCUGAUUCUGUGAGCUACAAGACAACACAGUGAUUGCUCACUGAAAAUUGGCUAGAUUUGAAAUCUGCAUCUGUCUGUAAAGAGGGCAGUGAGAGGGAUGGCGUAAAUAUUGUUUUUAAUAUGUUGUACAAAUGCCCUAAGUUCCUCAGAAGCCUUCACAAAGAAAAUUAUUAUUAAAAUAAACUUCUGAAACAGGAAACU